UUGUCAACAAAAUGGCCUUCCUCAAUUGCUAUUCGAGGAACUACCAACUAUUUUUUAUUGUGAUUAGAUGGCAUUGAAAUUAAAGUUAAAGAAUAGGGACGAGAAUUUUAGCAUAGUGUUUAUCAACGCACUAGUGUGCUCACAGACGACGUAUACCAGUGUUGAUAAAGCAAGACGAAUAUUGGGAUUUAUUGCUCCUAUAUCGAGUUAGCUGACAAAUGCUAGCAGCCUACUACCUGCAAAACCUCUGCGACCUCCGCUUUCAUUUCUGUUUUUAAAGACCCACAAAGACAUCUGGAGGAUUGUUUGUUUAAAUUCAACUAUACAACCACAUAUUGGAUAUAACAGUAAAGCUGUCGGAACGAAAUCAACGGAGUUCUCGUCCCAAAAGGAGUCCUCAGAUGGAGUGAUAUGUCUGGCUGGAACCUGCAGACCAAAAUGGGGAGAAUGAGUGGUGAAGUGCAAAGUAGCUGCCCAGCAUAAAGGCAGGUAUGCUCCCUAUGGGCUUACAAUGAACCGUGACACAUUUUCCCACAUCCGGCUGUGGUGCCCACGCCCCUUUGGCACCUACUCCCAGAAUAAGCCAUACAGCAAUGGUACAAUACACUGCGGAACAACUACCACUCACUGCAAGGCAGAUGAUGCUGAGCUCACAACCAUAGAGGCCAAUGGAGUCAGUUAUGAGCAAGAUGAGGAUGUUGGCACUGAAAACACCCCACCAGCUUCAUCUUCUACUCUGCUGGCUCCACCACUACCUGCAUCCCCAUCUCCCAGUGCACAGAUGGAGGAUGGCAGGGUACUGCUUGAUACCUGGUAUGUCAUCAAACCAGGCAACACCAAGGAAAAAAUUGCCUUCUUUGUAGCUCACCAGUGUAAUGGGGCUGGAAUUCCCAGGCCGAAUGCCAUGAAAGUGAAGGGAAACUGGGCUACCGAUUGUACCAAGGCCAAGCGCCGUCGUCGCUGUUCGUCAUAUGACCCUCCCAAUAGAGCUCAAAAUGUUGCUAUUGAUGUACCUUUAGAACCCAACUUGGCAGAAGAUGGUGUUGGAGUUAGUGAAACAGAUCUGCUCUCUGUGGCUGAAAUGGUGGCCCUUGUAGAACAGCGUACAGCUUUGGCUCUACAAGGUAUGGUAGCUCAAGGACAGACCUUAAGUCCUUACACAGUCCAUCAAAAACCAGUGGUAAUACUCUCAGAACCCCAUUCAGCUGCACCAACUUCUCAAAGUGACUUUAAUCAGCAGCAGCAGCAACAGCAGCAGGAAUCCAGACGGGUUGCUCAGGCUGUAGCACAGUUUGAGUCGCGGCAGCAAAAUCUCGACAGUACAGCUCUGCAGCCUGAGCUUAAUGAUUCAGAAAGAGAAUACAUUCACACUGGAGAGUCUGUGGGUGGUGCUCCAAGCCAUGGACGAGGGGAAGUACGGAUUGCUUUUCGGGUGUCGAGUCUGGACCCUCGCACCCAAUCUGAGCCUGUUGGCCGCCCCAAAUGCAUGUUUAUGAGUUGUGGGGUCGGAGGGGGGCAAGCAGGAGCCAGGGGAAAAGAAAAGAUCACUUGUGACCUCUACCAGCUGGUUAGUCCUUCAUCUCGAGAUCCAGGUGCCCUGAUGACUGGCUCAUCAAAGGCUGAUCCCCUUGGGGAAGGCAUCAGCGACAGGUCUCCCACCACAAUGUCAGAUCCCAACCAAGACCCUGCCUUAGGAGAGAAGGCAGCAGGGGCUCGAGAACGGGUGACCGGCUUCCAUGUCGAGGUUGUGGUCACUGGUGCUGUGGACCAAUGUGUCUUCUAUGGGAAGGACAGCACAGAGAAUGUUCAAGAAGAGACUGUAUGUUUUGCUUUGCCCAGUGGGGCCAAUUCAACCGAUGCCUCAGAGGACCCGCCACCUGGCCAGCUGUUCUUUAUACAGUCACCAGCUAAUGAAGAUGAAAGUUGCUCAGGGGUAAAUAGUGGGAUGCGGUCUUUAGACUGUGCAAACAACAACGGGCCUGUGGGGGCCACAGUUGAGAGGCCGGACUCUCCACUGGCUAUUGUGGAUGAUCGUUCUGAUCCUCCAUUGUGCCGCCUCUACCGUCAUGUCUCCCAUGACUUCCUUGAGAUUCGCUUUCAGAUCCAGCGUCUUCUGGAACCAAGGCAAUAUAUGCUUUUGCUUCCAGAUCACAUAAUGGUUAAUAUCUUCAGCUACUUGCCCACCCGAUCGCUAGCAGCCCUCAAAUGCACCUGCCAUGACUUCAAGACCCUGAUUGAGACCUAUGGUGUACGUGCUACUGACUCUCGCUGGAACCAGGACCCAUUGUACCGUGAUGACCCCUGCAAGCAGUGCAAGCGGCAGUAUGAGAGGGGAGAUGUGUCGCUUUGCCGCUGGCACCCUAAACCUUACCACCAUGACUUGCCUUAUGGACGCUCCUAUUGGAUGUGUUGUCGGCGCACAGACAAGGACACGCCUGGCUGUCGAGUUGGACUACAUGAUAACAACUGGGUACAGCCAUGUGAGCUGGUUCAAGCCCGUGCCAAAAGAGACGAUGGGAGGUAAAGGAUUGAGUCGGGGGAUUCUCAUUUCUCUCCCUGCUCUCACUCUUCUGAAACCUCAAGCCACUGUACUAUUUAUGGUUGAGCUCGCCUCUCCUAUCUUAGCUUGUUAACCUUGCUAUUAUUGUCAGUAUCAGUUUUUAUCAGUGCACCAUCCUUAAUUCUCAGUACAACCUUGUGCAGACCAGUGUUAUCAAAUAUGAAAACAUGUGCUGGUUAAAUGAGGUAGUCUGCUGCAUGGGACUGAUCUUUACAUAUACUUGUGAAUUGGGUAGAAAUUCGUAUGGCUUGGCAAUCUUCCAAGACCAGCUCUGAAGCUGACCCCAACCUUGCAAAGAAACUGCAGGCUAGACAGGAAUUGUUUUGAGUAUAAUUUCAGAGGUUCUUGUCAUUUAAUUUGCUGUCCCUUUGGUUGAAAGCACGCAAAAUGAUGUCACUUUACAAAUACCUGAUGUCACUUUGUAAUCAACAGUUUGACUGCUUGUUAGUGUGUGUGUGUGUGUGUGUGUGAAUGUGAGUGAAUAAUAUAUUUUUUCUUUGACAAAAGUUUUUCCUCUCCCUCAAAAUUAUUUAUGAAAUCAACCUUUAUUUCCUGACCAAACAUUUUCUUUUACCUAUCUCUUCGUCUGCCAGUCUGUCUGUGUGCUUGCUGGUGGAGGCAGCCUUUGCCAAAGCAGUAGUUCGCUUCAUAUGGCUGUGAGAACAACAAGGAACAGGACAACUCAACACCUGAUUCUAGCCUUAACCCUGUUUGUUCUGCUCAUUCCAUCAGUCUGUGAAAUCUUUCAAACAAAAACUUUGAUGCUGAUCCUUCUGAUUUGGGAGACCGUUAUAGGUUUCACUGUCAAUCUGCUAUUGGUAAUCUUUGCCUCUAAAGUAAAUAAAAGUUAUUUAAAACUGGCAUCUGUGUCUUCCCCAUUUAAGUAUUCAGAGUAUUUCACAUCAACAGUCAAACAUUUUGAAUUUGAUUUAUUUUCAUGAGUAGUCCUGUUAAAAUUUUUGUAUUGAACAAAAUCUACUUUGUGUAUAUAGAAAUGUAACAUGUCCUGGCUUUUAG